AUGUCCAACAAACGGCCCAGAGACCAAGCUUCCAUUGCCUCGCUGAAGACAAUUCUAGGUGAUAUACCAGUACAGACGAUUGAAAAUUUAUUGCAUCGCUCCAACAACGAUGUGGAAGUCGCUGUAAACUUGUACUUUACUGAACCGCAGCAAACACCAACACAACCUUCAGUAACAGCAACAUCCUCAUCAGGAGCAACAUUGAUAACACCUACAGCUUCAUCCAUGGAUACAUCCAACUUAAGGUACUAUAUUGGAGAUAUGGUAAUCACUGGUUGGUCGUUGGUCAAAGGACGAAGCCCAGUCAAUGAAGGUGAUUCGAUAACGAUUGUGAGAGACAGAGUAGGAACAGCGUCCAAUGCUAACAGAAUUGUUCGAUUUGCGCAUGAUGGAAGAGAAGUUGGACGACUACCGAGAGAUGUAGCUAACUAUGUAUCAGUAUUAUUGGAUCAAGAUAUUUGUCAGUUUGAGGGAGACGUCGUGUAUUGUUCACCUAUCCUCAAGAUUGGCGAAGACAUACUAUUGACCAUUCGCUGUUAUAUCACUGCAACGGGUAUGCACAGUGCUUCGUUUAUAUCCAACGGCAUACAGCAAGCGAAAAGAAAAGACAAAUCAAUGCAUCGACAUGAGAUACCCGCAGCAAGAAAGAUGGCCUUGCUGCAAAUGUUUAGAAAUCUCGGAUUAAAACCAGUUAGAUCAGCAAUCCAAAAGAUGAAUGUGGCAGGCAGUGAUGAGCCCUGGGAUGCAUUGAUACAGUCAGUGGCGGCGGCUGAUGUUAAUGAAACUAAGAUUGACCCCUCCUCGCAGGACCAAGCGUUGGAAGGCGAUGAUGGGGAGGAGAAGAAGGCCAUCACCGACGAUCAACUGGAUACCAUCUACGAGAAGGCUCAGAUGUUUGAUUCUCAAAUUAAACCUGCGGAUACACCAAGCACAAUGGCGCUCGAACUGAAGGAAUACCAAAAGAGAGCGCUUGCAUGGAUGUUUAACAAGGAAUCCUACGAGCAUGAUGACGGAGAUUUGGAUAUGCGUGCAAUGCAUCCACUAUGGGAGGAAUACACUUUGCCUGGAGAUUUCGUUGAUGAGCACAGAUUCUUUUACUUUAGUCCAUACAGUGGCGAGCUUAGUUUAGAGUUUCCUGAAUCCAACAAGCAAGAACGAGGUGGUAUUUUAGCUGAUGAAAUGGGCCUUGGAAAGACCAUUGAGAUGCUCAGUUUGAUCCACUCCAAUCGAUACACACCCGACAAAUCACAAAAAUCCACCAUAUUUGGCAAAAAGGCACACUCUUCGCCUACAACGCUCAUCGUUUGUCCUGUGUCGCUACUAGCUCAAUGGCGAGAUGAGAUUAUACGAGGAUCUAAACCAAACACGAUUACAGUGGAGAUAUUCUACGGCGAUGUGCGCACGGGUACAUCUAUCAGUCGACUCUGUAAUUGGGAUGGCACUGCGCCUGAUGUCUUGAUCACAACAUAUGGCACCAUUGUGUCCGAAUGGAACAAAACACAGGAAAAGAAAUCGCAUGAUUCAGUAAUUUUCAGUAUCUCGUAUUGGCGAGUUGUCCUGGAUGAAGCACAUCAGAUCAAAAACAAAGCCACUCGAACAUCACAAGCAUGCCGCGAUAUCAGGGCAAAGCGACGCUGGGCACUCACUGGCACACCUAUCCAAAACAAGCUGGAUGACCUUUUCGCACUUGUGCGAUAUCUCCAUUAUGAACCUUGGGCCAACAGCACAUUUUGGAAGACAUUUAUCACAAUUCCUUUUGAAAAGCAAGACCCCAGUGCGCUAUCCGCUGUACAAACAGUGUUGGAACCUAUUGUUCUGCGUCGCACCAAAGCAAUGCGUGAUCACAAAGGCCAGCCUAUGGUGCCGUUGCCUCCAAAAACAAUCAACAUUGAGUACCUCUCAUUCAAUGCGCAUGAACAAGACAUUUAUGAUGCUAUUUACAACGAUUCUCACACAAAGUUUUCCUACUAUUGUGAAGCGGGUCGAGUGGGGAGCAAUUAUGCCUCUAUUUUCCAGUUAUUGACACGAUUACGGCAGACCUGUUGUCAUCCCUAUCUGGCACUACAAAGCAAGGAAGCUGUGCAAGAAGGCAUUAGGGCAUCUCAAGAAGGCGGAAAAAUAUCGUUGGAAAGGCUAAUCGAAACCAAAAGCAGCGAUAGUCUAAGUCAAAUGUCAUCGCAAGGUAAUAGCAAUUAUGGAUUGAACGUGCUACAAAAUAUGCUGGCCAUGGAGCGAAAAUCAAAUGUAUCGUCAUCAUCCAACGACAAUGAAUCGUCUGCAGUAGAGACACCGAGCGACGAUACGCCCAUGUCAGAUGAAUGUCAAAUUUGCUUUGAAACUGUCGACUCCAUGAUUUGCUUGCCCUGCAUGCAUUUUGCCUGUAGACCUUGUGUGAUGGAUUACUUUCAGAAAAAGGAAGACGAAGGGCUACCGGGCGAAUGUCCAGUGUGCAGACAUGGUCCUAUUCUGCAAAGCCAAUUACUAGAAUUCGCGCAACAAAAAACUCCUUCGCCAGAGUUUGAAAGCCAAGGCACCGGCGACAACGACAUGUCCACACCGCUUGCUUCCAAAAGCACAGUGAAAUAUGAUAUACAAAAAGCAGUGGGUGGAUACAAGGCGUCGACCAAGAUGAGUGCCUUGAUUCGACAUUUACGACAAAACAAAAAAGAGAAUCAUAAAACGGUAGUCUUUUCUCAAUUCACCAGUUUCCUGGAUCUGAUAGGCGACUCACUCAAUCGAGAAGGCAUUCAUUUUACACGACUGGAUGGAUCAAUGCCUCAGUCAAAGAGAGAAAAGGUGCUUGCCGACUUUGCGCGAGAAGAUGGUCAAGCAGAUGUCUUGUUGAUUAGCUUGAGAGCGGGUGGCGUGGGGCUAAACUUGACAUGUGCCAGUCGAGUAGUAAUGAUGGAUCCCUGGUGGAACUUUGCGAUUGAAUCCCAAGCCAUUGAUCGAGUGCAUCGUCUGGGUCAAUUGAAUGAAGUUGUGGUGACUAGAUUUGUCAUGCGAGACAGUGUGGAAGAACGCAUCCUGGAGAUUCAAAAUCGAAAGCAUGUCCUGGUUAAUGAAUUGUAUAUGUCAAGAGAGCAAGCCAAGAACAGAAAGCUGGAUGAUUUGCAAAUCCUGUUUAGAAAGAGUGGAAAAUUGUAA